AAUACAGUACACGCUCAACACAAAACAGCUCGUUCAGCAAUACACAGACAUCCCUCUCACUACUCUCAGUAACACACAAACUUCACAAGUGCCAUCAUGGACAAGAGGAAACGGUCUCCCUCACGAUCACCUUCUCGCUCACCUCCGCGUCAACGAAAGAGGCCCGGCGCGGCAUCGCGUCUCACCCAAGCAGACCGGGAAGCUGCAAAACAACGACAAAUUGCACGCGAACAAGAGCAAGAGAAGGCCGCUCUAGAAGCGAACAAAUCUCGAGGCGUGCACGAUGUCGUCAAGCAACACUACAACAUGGUCCCCGAGCGAGGCCGCGACUGGCGAAACACGGCCAGCAAGAUCACCGGCCUCCGCAGCUACAACAACUGGGUGAAGUCAUGCACCAUCCAGAAGUUCAUCGGCCCGGAUCGUGGCCUCAAUGUGCUAGAUAUUGGCUGUGGGAAGGGUGGAGAUCUGGGGAAAUGGUCUUCAUCUAGGAAGGUGGCCCUUUAUGUUGGAUGCGAUCCCGCCGACGUCUCGAUCACACAGGCACAGGAGCGUUACGACAAGAUGAAGCGGAAGCCUUUCCGUGCCGAGUUCUACGCCAAAGAUUGCUUUGGGGAGUCGCUCGCCGAUAUCGAGAUCAUUAGGAACGUUGGCUUUGAGACAAAUGCUGGACCAGGUGGUAAUGCGACGGCCCAGCGAUGGGGUCGAGGUGGUUUUGACAUCGUUUCUAUGAUGUUCUGCAUGCAUUAUGCUUUCGAGAGCGAGGAGAAGGCUAGAGGCAUGCUACGCAACGUGGCGGGAGCACUGAAGAAGGGUGGACGCUUCCUUGGAACCAUCCCCAACUCCGACGUGCUAUCAGCUAAGGUCACAGAGCAUCACAAGGGUGCGCCGACUGAAGGAGAUGCAAAUGGGUCUCCGAAUUUCGAUUCUGAUGACGACUGGGACCCGGAGAAGAUCAUCGAUGCACCAGCGCCGAAGGAGAAGAAGGAGGAGAAGGAAGAGGGACAGGAAGAUGGAGAGUUGGAAGACGAGGGCGUCGAAUGGGGCAACAGCAUCUACAGAGUCAAGUUUCCAGGCAAGACGCCCACAGAUGGUGUCUUCAGGCCUCCCUUUGGCUGGAAGUACUUUUAUUUCCUAGAGGAGGCGGUCGAAGAGGUCCCGGAAUACGUCGUGCCUUGGGAAGCUUUUCGAGCACUGGCAGAAGAGUACAAUCUCGAGUUGCAAUAUCGUGCCGCCUUCAAGGACGUUUGGGAGCAGGAACGAAAUGAUCCGGAGCUGGGUCCCCUCAGUGAGCGCAUGAAUGUCCGCGAUCGGAGCGGAAGGCUGUUGGUGAGGCAGGAGGAACUCGAUGCAGCGAGUUUCUAUCACACUUUCUGCUUCUACAAGGUUUAGGAAGCAGAUCCCAAGAUCUCCGGCAUAUAUUUUUGGAUUUGCAUUUAAAAGGAGUCAUGGAAGGCCUCGAAAAGCGUGAGUGGGCCUUUAUGAUACCCGGUGCUUCGGAGGCAUCCAAACAGCGUAUCAAUAUAAUACUCGUUAUGGCAUCUCAUUGUUUGCGACUCGCACGUGGACGUUCCGAACUCGCAGCCCU